ACAAAUAAUCAGCGGCAAUAAUCAUAGAAAUUAAGAAAUGGAAAUGGAACUUUGAAACUGAUCAAUUACAAUAGCGAAAUAUGUAUAGCUUACUAGUGGGAGUCUAAUAAAGGAAAAUAUCGAAUGUAUUAUGUUAAACAUCAAAUACCUUAUUUGCAUGAAUGUGUCUUCCUAAUUUUUUUCUUAAGGUUAUUCAAACCUCUGUCCGAAACUUCUCUUCUGCUGCGCACCACUAAUAACAAAAGGUUAAAGACAGUAGAGCGCAGGGAGGCGAAGGCGCGCGUUGUGGCGCCGCUCAUUGGUGAAAGAAGAGUCAGUUCACAUGGCGGUGGGUUUGGCUUAAUGCAUCCGCUGAGUCGCUGUCCUCUUUAUUGUAAACCGUCCCGUCCACGAGGAGCGUGCUAGUUUUCCCUGUCGCAUGAGAAGCACCGCGUGAAAUUACGCGGGGAAAAGGAGAAGGAGCACAGCAAACUGGUGCAUUCGCAGGAGAGAAUAGUAUUAGAGAAAAGGAAAAAACUUAAAAGAAAGAAAUAUGGCCGUGUCGGCAACUCCGCCGGUGCUUUCCCCGAGCUCGACACCGGGCGCGGGCGCUUUAUUCCGGCCUGACCCGCUGUACUCCAGCCCAGCCGAGUCUCCGCGACUCACCGGUAACAUGAUCAAUGCUUUUCUCAGCAGCGGAGGAGGCGGCCAUGCGAGCAGCAACGGCACCAUCGGAACCACAAGUAAUAGCAGCAAUAACGAGUGCAAGAUGGUCGACGUGCACGGGGUCAAAGUAGCCUCGUUCACUGUAGACGGACAGGAACUGAUCUGCCUACCACAGGUGUUCGACCUGUUCCUAAAGCACCUUGUGGGCGGCCUGCAUACCGUCUACACCAAACUCAAGCGACUGGACAUCUCACCUGUGGUGUGCACCGUGGAACAGGUGCGCGUGUUGCGCGGCCUCGGCGCGAUCCAGCCUGGCGUGAACCGCUGCAAACUCAUCAGCCGUAAGGACUUCGAGGCGCUCUAUAACGACUGCACAAACGCCAGCUCUCGUCCUGGCCGUCCUCCCAAGCGUUCUCUAGGGAUGUCAAUGCAGGAUGGUUCCAGGCUUCUUCCCCACAGUGUUCACGGGCUUCUGUCUCCAAGCCUGUUGUCCCCUACAGGUCUGACUGCAGCAGCUAUGGCAGAGGCAAUGAAGCUGCAUAAGAUGAAGUUCAUGGCCAUAAACAGCAUCCAUGGAGCAAGCAAUCACAAUGGCAAUGAGUCUGAAAAUGAAGAGCUCAACUCCAAUGCAGAGAAGCAUUAUGUGGCGGCAGAUGAUUCCUUGGCGGGAGUCAGGGUAAACAGCCAUGAAAAUGCCACCCUGGCAGAUGGGGGCAGUGAGUCAUCCUGGGAUAAGGAAAAACUACAGUCGCCCCCCUCAUCUGGAACACAGCAUGGUUUGGCCCAUGCCAGCCUCUCUGGUUCACACCUCACCUCACUACAGCAGAGCCACCUCCUGGCCAACCGUCUAGAUCUUCCUUUUAUGAUGAUGCCCCACCCUCUUUUGCCUGUCAGUCUGCCCCCUGCCUCUGUUGCUAUGGCAAUGAACCAGAUGAACCACCUCAACACCAUCGCCAACAUGGCUGCUGCUGCACAAAUGCACAGCCCCCUGUCCAGAUCUGGAGCAUCCGUCAUCAAGGAUUGUGUGCAGGAUAGUCCAUCUCCAGCUCAUUCAGUGGAAGAAGCACCUCAUCCAGGCUCACAGCCCUCUUGCCACUCCAGCAGCAGUGUAUCUAGCUCUCCACAUCCACACCCACAGAGCCCUGAGCACCUUGUGCUGAAUCCAACGGAUGUUGAACUUGCAGACAGAGAGACUGGCAUUAACAUGAAGAAAAUCAUCAAAGAGAAGGAUGGCAGUCUCCACCUCAGAGUUGCAGAACUGGGAGGAGAUGGAGAAAAUAUGCCCCCAGAUGAAGCUCAGAUAGCCUUGCCCCUACUGAAGUCAGGUUUUGAGAAACUUCCUUUGGGUGCUCAGACUCUUCCGCCAGGCUUUCCUGCUCCAUUCCUCUUCACUGAGGGCCUCUCCUCUGUUGAAACAUUGCUGACCAACAUUCAGGGCCUGCUAAAGGUAGCAGUGGACAAUGCACGUGUGCAAGAAAAACAGGUACAGCAGGAGAGGAAAGAGCUCAAGAUGGAGCUGUACAGAGAACGAGAAAUGAGAGAGACUCUGGAGAGGCAGCUAACUUCUGAGUUCCACAGUCGAGCUACCAUCCAGAAGCGCCUGAAGAAGGAGAAGAAGGUGAAGAGAAAGCUGCAGGAGGCUCUGGAUUUUGAGUCGAAGAGGAGAGAACAGGUGGAACAGGCCCUCAAACAAGCCACCUCUCCUGAGAGCCUCUGCAUGAGUCUCAAUGGUGCGCUUCUUUUCACUGAAGCAGUGAUGCCAGAAGUGGAACCUGAGCAUAAUGGCAAUCAGCAGGACUCAGCCAUGCAAGAAAAUAGACCCUACUCCAAACCUCCCAUUAUGUAUUGAGAUGUAUGUGAAGCUCUUCUUUAUAUUACUCCUCACCAGUAGAUGGCUUCCUCACUCCAUUUCUGAACUUUUUGACACUGACAUUGGAGUUUUCAUAGAGGCAAGUGCUGAAGUUGAUGACCACUGACCAUCAAACCCUUUGUACAGGACUCGAGUGAGUGUGUGUAAUGUGGCCCUGUGCUCAACCUAAGGAGUGCUGUUGUUGGCAACUUCCCAAUGCAUCACAACAAUUUGUAAAAAAAAAACCAAACAAACAAAAAACAUCUUUGUUUUACAUGAACAUCUAUGUCCUACACAUUUUGGAAUGUUUCUUCAGGAUAAAGAUAUACUUUGCUGUCAACUGUUUCCCUUUUUGCUGAAACCCACAUCAGUGUCCUCCUUUUUACUUACUGUUCUCAGGACACAUUUACGAUUGUUUUUGCUUUUAGCCGACUCAGUGUACAGCAGUGAUACUGAACAGCUAAAGCAACUAAAGCAAAUGACCAUGGAUAACAUGUUAAUUUUAUUGAAAACCAGCAAAUUAUAAACUGUUAGCAUUUGUUGCUUCAUCUUUGCCUCCUUUUAAAAAAUAUAUCAUACUGUUAUUUAGGAAAUGUAGAAGCAUCACAUUUUCCUACCCAGAGUGUUUAUCAUAUUGUUUAUUUUGUUUUUAUUUUUUAGUUAGCAUUUUAAGCAGAUAUUUGAGAAGUGAUGUGGAAAGUUUUUGUAUUUUGGGCUCUGCCCCUCUGACAAUAGUUUCUAUAUUGUUUCUAAAGAGAAAAAAAAUGAAAAUCAAAAAAAUGCUAUAAAUACAGGUUAACUGUAAUUCCCCUUCUGGUUUUAUCUUUGUUUAUAAAUACUUGUAAAAACGCUUCAGCAUUUGCUAUUCCAUUGUCAUUAUGAAGUGGAUACAGUUUUAGUGAUGAAAGAAAAUAAACAGAUGUUAAAAAAAAAAAAAAAAAAAAAAAAUUGUAAUAAAAAUUGAAGAACCUUAAUGCACAUCUGAUGCAAGCAUGCUUGUAGAUACAAUACUGAUGACACUGAUGACAAAUGGCACUGUUUCAAGAUUAAGAGCUGCCGAUUCUCAUCUAUUUUUUAAAAGUUUCUGGAGAAAGGUAAACCAUGGUUAUGAUUCUGGCAGCUAUUGAUGAUGCUACAAAAGGACAACCACAAAUUCCAAAAACAUUGCCCAUAACACGACAAAUAAAACACCCCCAUUGACAUUAUCUUCAUAGAUUUUGGGUUUUGUUUUUGGAGUAAUAAAUUUGAAUUUGAAGACUU